AUGGUCAUACUUUCUUUCAUCUACACAGGUAACAACCAAGAUCUCGCGGACAAGAUUACAGAAAUAUAUCUGCUGGAAAUCAUGUCUUCUAUAACGUCUACUCAAGUACUUGGCGGCAUCACUGUCCCCAAAACACCAGCCAUCGACGCUGCCUUAUCCUAUGCGCGUUCCCACGCCGACGACCGAACCUAUAACCACAUUGUACGGUCCUUCCUGUUUGGUUUCUGCAUCGCAUCGAAGCUUCCACACUUGAAAGACCGCGAUCUUGAGGUCCAUGCUGUCAGUGCUAUCCUACACGAUCUAGGCUGGGACUCGACAGGAGAGUUGAUAUCCAAGGACAAGAGAUUCGAGGUUGAUGGAGCAGACGCGGCGAGAAACUUCUUACGCACUCUAAAGGCGGAGCAGGGUGGCGGCUGGGAUUCCAGACGACUCCAGCUCGUCUGGGAUGCUAUUGCACUACAUACGACCUUCAGCAUCGUCUGCUACAAAGAGCCAGAGGUUGUGGCUUGUUGGAUGGGAAUUCUGGCCGAUUUCACGGGGCCCGACAACUCUCCUGGGGGAAGCUUGACCUGGGACGAGUACAAUAGCAUUGUCAAGGAAUAUCCGCGGCUGAAGUUGAUCACUGGGGUAAAGGAGAUCCUUUGUGGAUUUUGCAAAUCGAAACCGGAGACCACGUACGAUAAUCUUGUGGGGACCUUCGGAGAAAAGUAUGUUGAAGGCUACAGCCUGAAGGAACAUAAGGCCGUAGACGUCUUUGACGCCUGCCCUCUCCCCGAUUCCUUUUGA